AAGAUCAUACGUUUCUUGAGGACAUUUCUAGUGCCUUAUUCAUCUCGAUUUUCAUCAUACAGGCAGACCAGCCCUUCUGCAAAGAUGGUCAACGUACCUAAAACCCGAAGAACCUUCUGUAAGAAGUGUGGCAAGCACCAGCCUCACGAAAUGACACAGUAUAAGAAGGGCAAGGAUUCCUUGUAUGCCCAGGGAAAGAGGCGCUACGAUCGGAAGCAGAGAGGCCAUGGUGGGCAGACAAAGCCAAUUUUCCAGAAGAAGGCUAAGACCGCAGAGAAGAUUGUGCUCCGGCUGGAAUGUGUUGAGCCUAACUGCAGAUCCAAGAGGAUGCUGGCCAUUAACAGAAGCAAGCAUUGUGAACUGGGAGGAGAUAAGAAGAGAAAGGGCCAAGUGAUCCAGUUCUAA